AAAGUCGUGCUUCAACUCUAGGAUACACUGCGCAUCAACUAGAACCCUCAAGAGAGAGGGAGAGGACCUGGGGCAAAAAGGAAGAGGUCUCGGAAAACAUGUGCACCUACACGACACACAUUCGCGUGUGCGCCCGCUGCGCUCGAGAGGACACGGUUCUCAUCUCGGAGCAGCUCUGUCAAACAGCCAAGGCGUCGGGCAUCUUCGGCAGCUGCCUCGAGGGCGUGCUCUGCCAGCGCGACACCGCGGGGUACCGGUGCUGGCAGUGCAGAGAUACUGCGACUGUCGCCGUCGCCGCGGCUGUGGUUCGCUCUGGGGUCACCGUCGCGGGCGGACGGGUGGCGGGAGAAAGGAAGCGGAGGGCGACGGGGAGGAUUGGGAGAAUGGUAGGCGGAGCUGUUGCCGAAGGGGUGCAUGCCGGCCAGGCCCGGUCCGGUUGGCUUCAGUAGAAAAUGGAGUUGAGGAUGUAUAUAUUAUCGUGUUGUUCUGGCUGGCUCGGACGUUGGUGGAAGGAGAUGAGAGAGUGGAGGAUUGUGUGUUGGUGGUUUUGGCGUUCUGAGUUGUGUGUUUGCAUCCCCCCCCCCCCCGGGGACCACUUACGAACGUGACGAAGUUAUGAAUGAAAUACCCCGUGUGCGAUCACUUUAAGCAUGUUCUCCCUGGCUGACUAGUUCUCU